AUGUCGAACGAUGAAUCUUGGGACCUCGAUGGGACAAGCGCUGAAGAGGAACCCCAAGCCUGGUCUUCCCACAAUGGUUAUGAAGAAAACAAAACACCGGCCGGGUCAGGUGUAGAGGCUAAACCUCUGAUACACUAUCAAAGCUAUUCCAACAGGUUCAUGAUACAUCUCCCAAGGAACAUCAAGAAAGUAGAGAAGCUUGAGGAGGGAUAUGACGUACAAAUCCGCUACGAGGCACAAGACCUCAUCCGUCGUCUGACAAACUUCAACGACCCGAGAAAAAACAAGGGAGCGUUCGCCGACAUCAUGACAGAAUAUUGGCUGGACAAUGGGAAGAGAGCGGGUAGCGAGCGUGAGAAAGCGUAUUUCGAGGUUUGGACCGAGCUCCGGAAAGCGACUGAAGAAUUGAAAAGACAAGUGGACCAAGCGGUAUCCCACAAGGAGACCGACCACUCGCUCAUGAUGGUGCGCGACAGGCUCUGGAAAGUGAGGAAGGCCCUGUACAAGAUUGAGCAAUAUGACCAUGGGCUCCAGGGCAAGGGCAUCGGGUUGUACGAACUCCCAGUCAACUUCUGCUACAUCGUCAAUGCUGACAGCAGCGCACAGGUCAACGGGUUGAACCCAUCAGAAGAGAAGCAGCUGAGGAUGACAGAGUUCGCAAUUUCCUUUUCAUUAUGGAUUUCCUAG